AGAGCCAUAACCUACAUACCCCGUCCGCUACUAUGAAAAGGUUUCAUUCAACAAGUCCCUAGUGAGACGUCAGCUUGUUACCCCUCUGGCCUGAUGGGAACUUUCGUAAACACACAGCAGCGGAAUCAUGGACAAUCCCCUUUGGUCCUUGCUCUGACUGAAAUGAAGUGAAUACCUUGUGUGGAAGUGGAUCAAAUCUUUACGUCAUAUCCGACAUAACGGGCAGUAAGGUGCGAUAUCCUUUUGGGUUGCAUAUACAGCAGUCCGCCUACACGUGUUUUGCUAGAACAGAGCAGACGUGGUAUGUUGUCGUCUGCUCCCAUUUCGAUUCAACUGUUUAUUGUCUGCAGAAUGAAUUGAUGUAAACAGAAUGGGAAACAAGUCCAGUAGUACCCGCCCUGAAAAUAUCAACCCGGCAGUGCUUACUGUUAAAGAAGCUCAGAGGAAAUACCUGGAGGAGAUAGAGACGAAGUCCGGAUCUGAAUCUGAUUCGGAUCUAGAAUCGGAUCUAGAGGACAGUUGUGAUGAGACGGAUGGAAUAAAACAGUUCAGGAAGCGCAGGUUUUAUUCUGUGUUAGAUAAAGUUGACAGAAAAGCUAAGAAUGUCGACCCGUCGGAGUAUUUAUUUCCUUUUGAGAACAUCGUUUUCGAAGGCGGAGGGAAUAAAGGACUUGCAUAUUGUGGCGCUGUUCGGGUGCUGGAGGAACUUGGCAUCUGGCCACAGAUCCGGAGACUGGCGGGUGCCAGUGCAGGUGCUAUGACGGCCGCACUGCUGGCUGUGGGCUACAACUCCAGAGACAUCGAGUGCUUCCUCAGCCAGGAUUUAUCCAUUGUGUUUCUAGACCACCAGUGUGGGUACUGCAGUCUCCUACCCAACUUGAUGAGGGGUUAUGGCUGGAACCCAGGGAAGAAGAUCUUUGAGUGGUUCGGCAACCAGUUAGAGGCAAAGACACAUGACAAGGACAUCACAUUUAAGCAGGUUUUACAGAAGUAUAAGAAAGAGCUGUGUAUUGUAGUGACCAACCUGAACCAAAUGAGUACCGAAUACUGCCACCCCAAAACAACACCGGAUAUGCCUAUUCGGCAUGCAGUGCGCAUGUCAAUGGCAAUACCAGGCAUGUUCAAGGCCCCUAAGUAUAAACUACAUGACCAGGAGGAUACGUUUGUUGAUGGCGGGGUCCUGUGUAACUACCCCAUACACUGCUAUGACGGAUGGUGGCUGUCUAUGAAGAACAGCGACAGCUUUAUACAUCGGCUGCAGCCACUCAGUGCACUCACCCGCUUGUUCGACAGGAGGGAGAGGUUCGGUGAAUUCAACGAUAAGACACUCGGAUUUCUUUUGUAUGCUGACAACGAGGAGGACGUGCUGAGGUACCAGCUUGAGAAGAGGAUGGGCGUGGAGCUCCAGGAUCUCCCUGCCACAAAACUUGCCAGGGAGAAGGUGGAGAAGCGGCAGCUGCAGCUGAAGGCGGAACGGGAGCACAGGCGUGUAGUCAGGGCUGUAGAUGCCUUUCUCAAGGUACUUAAACGUCAUAAUGCUGACUGCAAUGCCACAAUCAGCAGAGACGAACUGCAGGCGGCGCUUCGUGACGAGGCCACCUUCACCAGGACGCGCCGUAGACGGAUCUUCGGAGACGUGGACAACGACACCAUCCUGCAAUAUCUGGACAGGGACGGGAACGGAGAGAUCACAUAUAACGAGCUGAUGCGGUUUAUGGAAGAAACAGGGAUCACACUGCAAACUCGUUUCCUUGGUUACGAUAGGCAGGAAGUAAACAGCCUGUUCAGCUUCUUCUCGACGCUACAGACCACACUGCUGACCAAUGUCAAGAGGAUAUAUGUUGAGGAAAGGGACAUAGAGAGGACUGUUGGCAUCAACACUGGUCACGUGGGCACUACAGACUUUGUCCUGGAGGAGGGGGACAGGGAGUUUAUUGUGGAGCGGGGCAGACGGUCAGUCACAGCCUUCCUCAAAUACUAUGUCGCCAUCAACGACCCUCCAAUGAAGCACCUCGCCACCAUCGAGGAAGGCGUGAUGCUACUUUCCCAACCCCCAAUACAACCAACAUCUGUAGCUUCAGACCUCCCGUACAUAGACGGGACAAUCUCCGCGGCGGAUGAUCCCCUGUCUGUGGCCGAUAUAUCCCUCGAGGAGAAGCUCCCAAUUGUGAACCACGCCCACGGCACAUGAACUACAGCCCCGCAAGUUUCCAACAUGUUCCUCCAGACUGGGGAUAGAACUUCUGACCAGUGUAGCCUGCCAGGGGACGCAUUAACGCCCACACUCAUCACAAGCAGUGAUUGGAUUACAAUGCAUGUCAGAUUUUGUAUUUAGCCUGACAGUCGUUUGCGUCAUUAGGAAACAACUGCAGCUGGUUCGGAAUGGGUUAAGCGAGGAAUAUGUGCAUGAAAAAGAGUUUCUAAGUGAAGAUAAUUGAAACAAAGGCGUAAGUUAGAGAGCAAAAAUUACCCACAGACAAAUGCGUUGUUGAGUCCUGAUUGUUCAUGGCGAGUGAUUAUCGAUUGGUAGGUUUCGAUAUUGUUGCAUCACGAUCUCUACUAUUGUCAUAUUACUGUCAUGUUGUAAGUUUUUUUUAUAGAAAUCAUCGUUAUAUUAUGAUGUGUUCAUAUGUGUUGUACCUGCUUGUACAAUGUAACAUGUGUUUUGCAGCAUUGUACAGAUAUGUCCAGUAUCGCCCACAAGUAACAUGUGUACAGUGCAAUAACCCUGAACUCGACGUCAAACCCCAUUUUACAUUGCCUGACAUUAGUAACAUGUACUUCUGUACCGUGUAUAUGAGGGAGUUUCACAUUUCCCCCAUUGUGUCUGUAUUGACUUCGAGGAGCGAGAUGUCCGUUCGGAAACAAUUCAUAUCCGAGUACAAGUGGUUCAGGAAAUCGUUCAUUGCCGGUACGAGAGGGGCUCACAUCCCGCCAUAAAACAUGUGUACAUUAGCUUGGUGAAAUAAGGGACUUUGUACACAAGACCGGUUUAUCUGGCCGUAGCCAAGUAUGCAAGUUCCACAAGUUAUUUUCCUGAAGGCGGGAAAGUAUAACGGUUAGUUUAAUUAUGACUGAAGGAGAGCGCCAUUUUGGUUUCUCUAAAAGGUUUGGAGUUUUUAAAAUGAAAUAAGAGUAAUUUAAUCCGAACAUGUUUUAAUCAAUCGCCUGCCUCAUUCUGUGACUCAGUCAUGUUUCGUAAUGUAGAUAAUCCAUUCAAUUUGUUCAUUUUGUUUUUAAGAGGUAAAAUGUUUAGGGGAUAUAUAUCUAUCUUUGCUUAAGUUAACCUGUUUAUAUUUUGUAAGAAUAAACUAUUAUACGCAUUGAGCGAUUAUCUCCUUUAGCUAUAGGCGUAGUAUAGAGCUUUAUCAUGCACUGACCUUGCAAUUCUGAACACCGUAUCUUUUCAAGCUGUAUCACUGAGAGUGAGUGAUUAUCUCCCUUACCCGAAUAGAUCUUUUACGCACUACCUUUGCAAUGUAUCGUAUGCUAUUCAGGCACCCAGCGAGAAAGGUUUCAGUGAGGAAUUCAUGUCAAGCAUGUAACGCGCACUCAAUCUUUCUCCUUUCACACUGUUAUUGCAACUUAUUGUUCAAAACGAUUAAAUACCAGGCUUCUAUAGAAUGACUUUGUUCAAUAAACAACACAUGUAAAACAA